AUGACGUCGCUCCCUCGACCCCCACCCCGUGCCCAUCGCGCCGCAGGCGACACGGGCAUCGGGAACGACAACCCGGGCGACCACUGGACCGACUUCUACGGCAACCGACGCGCGCCCUCCUACCUCGUCGACGGCGUCGACUGCCGCGACUUCGAGGACGAACCCUGCCGUCUCUACUCGCGAGCGAGGGACGUCGUCGCCGGCCUGAUCGACAACGGCGUCGACCUCGUCGUGCACGCGGGCGACCUCGACUACGAGUCCGCGCCGAAGAUGUGGCGCCACUUCGUGGACGAGACGAUCAUCGACCAGGGCGUGGGCUAUCUCGCCGCAAAGGGCAACCACGACGCGGACGGUUUCGACGACGUAGAACAGCUGUGGUCGGGGCCGGAGGGAUACGCCGCGAUGUUAUCCGACACCGUGCCCGCGGGCGCGAGCUGCGAGGGGAAGUACGGCGAGGCCAUGGCGUGCGAGUACGGCGGCGUGACGAUCGUGCUGAGCGCCGUGGGCGUGGACCAGGCGGGCGAGUCCGCGAAUCGAGACCACUACGCGUUUAUCGACGACGCGCUGCGAAAGAGCGCGUCGCGGUGGAAGAUUUGCGCGUGGCACAUGACCAUGGCGAACAUGCAAGUGUCGUACAAAGGCGACAGCGUCGGAUGGGGCGCGUACGAGAUUUGUCGAAAGCACGGCGCGUUCAUCGUGACCGGGCACGCGCACACGUACUCGCGGACGCGCGAGCUCAAGAGGUUCGGCACGAAGCGGUGGAGCCACACGAGCGAGGAUAUCCAAACGAACGGCCCCGACGACGACGUCGUGCAUCUCAGGCGCGUUCUCCUUACACUGGUCCCCAUACGACCGCGUUCGCGCGGUGAACGCCGAUCCUUAAGGGCUUUUCUUCCCGGCGUGUCUCUCCGUCCACCCCUCGCUUUCAAUCCCGACACGCCUCGACGCCUUUCAACUCCGCCUGACGCCUUUCAACUCCAUCCCGACGAUGCUGCUUUGUACGGAACGACCCUCAUCAGUCCCGGGGAGAACGGCACCGCGGGCGUCGCCGUCGUCGGCAUCGGCGGAUACAAGAACGAGGAGCAGCUCAAGUCCGCGCCGCACUGGUCGAAAGUGUACAGCAGCAAGUGCCUUCCGAACGAUGACGCGUGCGAGGAAGCCCCGGAGGCGAACAAGUUCGGCGCGCUCAUGUGCGACUUUGACGACUUGAGCGAAAACGCGCGCGCGGAAUGCUGGACCGUCACGACGUCAGGCGCGUUCUAUACACUGGUCCCCAUACGACCGCAGAAGCGCGCGACGGCGCGUACGAAGCAAAACUCGUAUCGGUACCCGGUCGACAGGUUCUUCCUCGUCGCGGGACCGCGCCCUAAGGGCGAGACCGUGUACCUGAACGUCGCGGAUUCCGACGCGAGCGCCGGCGCCGUCGUCGGGGCGCGUCUACGUCGGUUCGGUCGCGCGCCGUCCGAAUCGCGAUUCACGCGCCGGUCCAGGCGCGAAGCCGGAUUGGACUGCUACGAUAAGCGAGUCCCGUCGCACGACGGCGGCGCGACGCACACGUGCGCGGAACAGAAGCGGUGGGGCAAGUGCGACGAGUGGUUCAUGGAGAACGGCGGGUACUGCCGUAAGACGUGCGGGAAGUGCGUCAACUUGUUCGAAGACGCGGACGCGCUGAGCGAGUACGACGACGCCUGGUACGAUCAGAUCGCGUUCCACGAGCUCUUCAGCGGAUCCGUGAACGACGCCAUGGAGGAAGCGAUGGAGUUUGGCGUCGAGGACGAGGACGAGGAGGACGGCGACGCGCCCGCGCCCGCGCCCGCGACGGAGGCGAUGGCGCGCGACGCGGUGGAAGAAGAGCUGGCGCGAUGAGAGAGAGAGAGAGAGACGUUCGUUCCGGCGUGGACGAC